CAGGAAUUUUCUCCGUUCAUGUUUAACCGCGACAGGCACAGACUCUGGGUGAAAAGAAAGAACUUCGUGCUUUGGCUGCAGCACUGCGAGUGUAAAGGGAUGAGUGGGUUGCACAGAGAGUGUUAACAGGAACAUCGAUAAGUAGUGUAAAAACUUGCACAAUGAAAUCCGAGGCCAAGGAUGGAGAGGAGGAGAGUCUACAGACUGCUUUCAAAAAAUUAAGAGUGGAUGCAUCAGGGUCCAUAGCAUCUCUGUCUGUUGGAGAAGGCACAGGUGUCAGAGCACCAGUCAGAACAGCAACAGAUGAUACCAAACCUAAAACCACAUGUGCAUCUAAAGAGAGUUGGCACGGGUCUACAAGGAAGUCUUCACGAGGAGCAGUGAGAACUCAGCGUCGUCGACGUUCUAAGUCUCCUGUCCUUCAUCCUCCAAAGUUUAUACAUUGCAGUACAAUAGCAUCUUCUUCCAACAGUCAACUGAAGCACAAAAGCCAGACUGAGUCACCUGAUGGCAGCAGUGGGCUGGGAAUUUCAACCCCGAAAGAGUUCAGUGCAGGAGAAAGCUCUACUUCUCUCGAUGCUAAUCACACAGGGGCAGUCGUUGAGCCUUUGAGAACUUCCGUUCCAAGGCUCCCAUCAGAGAGUAAGAAGGAAGACUCCUCUGACACUACCCAAGUCUCCCAAGCAAGUCUCAAAGCCAGUGAUCUCUCUGACUUUCAGUCCGUUUCCAAGCUAAACCAGGGCAAGCCAUGCACAUGCAUAGGCAAGGAAUGCCAGUGUAAGAGAUGGCAUGAUAUGGAAGUGUAUUCCUUUUCAGGCCUGCAGAGUGUCCCUCCCUUGGCUCCAGAACGAAGAUCCACACUUGAGGACUAUUCUCAGUCGCUGCAUGCCAGAACUCUGUCUGGCUCUCCCCGAUCCUGUUCUGAGCAAGCUCGAGUCUUUGUGGAUGAUGUGACCAUAGAGGACCUAUCAGGCUACAUGGAGUAUUACUUGUAUAUUCCCAAGAAAAUGUCCCACAUGGCAGAAAUGAUGUACACCUGAUAGCAAGAAGCUAAUUCAUAUGCUUUAAACCAAUGAAGGCUUGUCAAAGAGAUUUAGUUAAUGGCAGACCUUGUGGCCACUUUGUGUGAGAAGACAUCUCUUUCUGCUCACUGUGCUUGCAAUAAAAACUUUACUUGGCAUCUCAGUUAAUCUUCAUUCUUUAAACUUACUCUUUGAGUUCUUCCAUACACUUCAAGGCAAGCAGAUCAAAGAAAAAUUUAGAAAUGUUCCUGGGGGAUGAAGAAACCAUAAUUACUUGAGACUGGCAGCAGUGGGUAAAAGCCUUUGUAAAACAGUGCAUUUUUCAGAUUUGUUUAAGGUUUGGUAGCCAAGGAAAGUAAAAUGUGAUUUUGUAACUGCACUAAACAUUUGUCAUGCUGUAGUUGCCAGCCCAGAAUAUUAGAAGUUACAAGACUGAUUUAAACCAUCUCUGAUUUAAUGCAAGAUUUAUUGUGUCUAUAAAGAUUUCUCAUGUUAUUGUUAAGCCAGAGAUCUAAGGUUUAGAUUCAAUUUGAAUAAACUAGCUGGCCUGCCCUCUAUUGUUUGAGAGAGUUAUUAACCAUCACUAAAGAAGCCCCUGCUGGUGCUGUUCAUCCUGAGACAUGUUACAUGCAGUUACUCAAGCAGCUUGGAAUGGGCUGCUUCAGUUGGAGGGAGGAGGUGUAAUAUUUGAAACUAGUGUGUGUCUUCACCAUCUCCAGCAUUUUAAGUAUAUGGCGUGUUUUUUUGUUAUUAGUUGUAAUACAGGUCUCAUACCUCAGUUUUGGAUGUUCUAGAUGGUUACCUCUUUGAGCUGCCCUGUCACCCCAGCAACCCCAAAAGAGAAUUUUGUAAAUUCUGUAUCCCACAGAUUUGGUCAACCAUUUCAAAAUUCCCUCCAGUUUGGUAAAAAAAAUCUGUCUUCGGUUUCAGCUGGAUGAUGAAUCCUUGUUUUUCAGGUGGCUCCAAAAAGAAUGUUGCAUGUGUUCAGACCAUCCUAAGCAGAGCCACCAAAUUUAGUGACAGUGUCUAGUCAUGUUAGCAAUAAUGUUAACAGAAGCUUUUGUUUAAAUUACAAAAUACAUUUAUACUAUUUACUAAAA